CAGGGUUGUUGACCGUAUUACGGCCACAUCGGCAUUCACCAGUCAUGACCGCGUUCAAAUUCACUGUGACCGUUUGUCACGGUAAUCCUAUCCAAAACUCCCAAAUGAAUGCCGCAGUCACUGGCUUCAUCAAUAAGUGCAUCGAGGACGUCGUCCCCACAGUGACUGUAUGUACAUACCCCAACCAGAAGCCAUGGAUAACAGGCAACAUUCGCACUGAGUUAAAGGGCAGAGCUGCCGCUUUCAAGGUGCGGGACUCUAACCCGGAAGCUUACAAGAAAUCCUGCUAUACUCUGCGACGUACCAUCAAACAGGCAAAGCGUCAAUACAGGGCUAAGAUUGAAUCAUACUACACCGGCUCCGACGCUUGUCUUAUGUGGCAGGGCUUGCAAACUAUUACAGACUACAAAGGGAAGCACAGCCGCAAGAUGCCCAGUGACACAAGCCUACCAGACGAGCUAAAUCACUUCUAUGCUCGCUUCGAGGCAAGCAACACUGAGGCGUGCAUGAGAGCAUCAUCUGUUCAGGACGACUGUGUGAUCACGCUCUCCGUAGCCGACGUGAGUAAGACCUUUAAACAGGUCAACAUACACAAGGCCAGAUAGAUUACCAGGACGUGUGCUCCGGGCAUGUCUGACCAACUGGCAGGUGUCUUCACUGACAUUUUCAACAUGUCCCUGAUUGAGUCUGUAAUACCAACAUGUUUCAAGCAGACCACCAUAGUCCCUGUGCCCAAGAACACAAAGGCAACCUGCCUAAAUGACUACAGACCCGUAGCACUCAUGUCCGUAGCCAUGAAGUGCUUUGAAAGGCUGGUCAUGGCUCACAUCAACACCAUUAUCCCAGAAACCCUAGACUCACUCCAAUUUGCAUACCGCCCAAACAGAUCCACAGAUGAUGCAAUCUCUAUUGCACUCCACACUGCCCUUUCCCACCUGGACAAAAGGAACACCUAUGUGAGAAUGCUAUUCAUUGACUACAGCUCAGCGUUCAAAACCGUAGUACCCUCAAAGCUCAUCACUAAGCUAAUGAUCCUGGGACUAAACACCUCCCUCUGCAACUGGAUCCUGGACUUCCUGACGGGCCGUCCCAGGUGGUGAGGGUAGGUAGCCACGCUAAUCCUCAACACUGGAGCCCCCCAGGGGUGUGUGCUCAGCCCCCUCCUGUACUCCCUGUUCACCCACGACUGCAUGGCCAGGCACGACUCUAACACCAUCAUUAAGUUUGCAGACGACACAACAGUGUCAGUCUGGUCACUGACAACAACAAGACAGCCUAAAGGGAGGAAGUCAGAGACCUGGCCGGGUGGUUCCAGAAUAACAACCUAUCCCUCAACGUAACCAAGACUAAGGAGAUGAUUGUGGACUACAGAAAAAGGAGGAUCGAGUACGCCCCCAUUCUCAUCGACAGGGCUGUAGUAGAGCAGGUUGAGAGCUUCAAGUUCCUUGGUGUCCACAUCACCAACAAACUAGAAUGGUCUAAACACACCAAGACAGUCGUGAAGAGGGCACGACAAAACCUAUUCCCCCUCAGGAAACUAUAAAGAUCUGGCAUGGGUCCUGAGAUCCUCAAAAGGUUCUACAGCUGCAACAUCGAGAGCAUCCUGACUGGUUGCAUCACUGCCUGAUACGGCAAUUGCUCAGCUUCCGACCGCAAGGCACUACAGAGGGUAGCGCGUACAGCCCAGUACAUCACUGGGGCUAAGCUGCCUGCCAUCCAGGACCUCUAAACCAGGCGGUGUCAGAGUAAGGCCCUAAAAAUUGUCAAAGAUCCCAGCCAGCCCAGUCAUAGACUGUUCUCUCUACUACCGCAUGGCAAGCGGUACCGGAGUGCCAAGUCUAGGACAAAAAGGCUUCUCAACAGUUUUUACCCCCAAGCCAUAAGACUCCUGAACAGGUAAUCAAAUGUUGUAUACCUACACCUGUUGUAUUCGGCGCACGUGACAAAUAAACUUUGAAUUGAUGGGUAGCCUGUCAAACUUUCUAAAGGCCCUUGCUAAUGGCUUGAUACUCAGCGUUCUAUUGUCCCUCUAAUCACUCUCAAAACACUCGAAUAGUCUGAGUGAUGAAGACAAAUGGUGAUGGGAGUUAGAGCCCCCGUUCCGAAAUGAACACAGGCAACACCAGACCCAAUAUGCAUAAAUACAUUUUUUAAAAGGACAACCGGUCCUAUCCAAGUGAGGGAAGCAGCAGGAAGCCAAUUGUUUUGCUACUUUAUUCAACCGGAGCCAUUACCGAAAGGGAGAGAGCGCGAGCUGCUGUAGGCUAUUAGGGAGCGGAGGCCAUGUGAUAUGUGUUUGGAGGGAGAGACCGCAACCACUGUUACCUCACGCUAGACUAACUUCUUGCUAGUUAUAUAUCAUCCCAUCCGAUUACAUAGUAACGUAAACUCACCCCAUUCCGUACAAAUGUGCGUAACCGCGACAUUCAAACGGGGCUACAAAGAAACCAAAUGGGACUGUAGCGACUGUGUUGACUUCAAAAUCGGGGGUGUGAACUAGGUUUCUAUUCAAGCGUUGAUCGACAUGGUAAUGGCUCUAUAGUGUUGGAGAAAAGUUGAAAAAACUGACCCUCCGUUACAUCUUGACGUGUCAUGUCGUAACGUACAGCACGCAUAAAGCAACUAUUUCUGUCUUACAAUCUCUCUCCACCAGGUGUAGCACUUCUCUCAUCGUUUAAAAACAAGAAAUGGACAGUGACGGGGUGAUGUUGAACAGCCAGAUCACGCGGCAGGGAGCCGGGCAGACGGCAUUCUGGAAUAUCAUGUGUUUGACAGCUUUAAGAGUCUGGAGAUGGAGCCCUGGACUGACGUACACUAUGUCCAACUACAGACAGCCAACAGUCAGAAGCCAAACCGUGUUCUGAUUGGCCAAGAGGCGGUGGGCCAGCCUAAGGGCUAUCUGGCCUAUAGUGCCACAGGAAAAGCUCAGGGCAAGGCGGUGUAUGGUAACUAUGGGAGACAGGAGGACUUGAUGCUGCUACAGACUCUGAAGGUUGGGCUGAAUGGCACUGUGAUUCUACUGAGAGCUUCAGGACAGAUCAGCCUGGCACAGCAGGUGGCUAAUGUAGCAGCAUUGGGAGUAUCUGCUGUGUUGAUUUACCUCGACCCUAAAGACUACAAGUUCCAACCAACUACUGAACUGUACGGACAUGUCCAUCUAGGUUCAGGGGACCCCUUCACGCCAGGCUUCCCCUCCUUCAACCACACCAAGUUCCCUCGCACCCAGUCCUCUGGUCUGCCUACUGUACUGGCCCAAAGCAUUACAGCUGCUAGUGCUGCCAAGAUACUAUCGCUUAUAGGUGGGCUUGAGUCCCCUCUCAGUUUUAAAGGCUCACUGGACAAUGUGAAGUACACCCUAGGAGGGGCUAGUAGUGAAGAUGUUACUGUGGAGGUGAACAACGUGCUGCAGGACACAGAAAUCCACAACGUCUUUGGAGUCAUCAAGGGCUUCUCUGAGCCAGAUCAGUACGUGGUACUGGGGGCUCAGAGGGAUUCGUGGGGUCCAGGCUACGCUAAAGCCACUGUCGGGACCACACUGCUACUGGAGCUGGCUAGAGCUGUGUCUGAGAUGGUGCACACAGAUGGUUUCCGUCCCAGGAGGAGUCUGGUGUUUGCCAGUUGGAGUGCAGGAGAAUAUGGCAGUGUUGGAUCUACAGAGUGGCUGGAGGGUUUCUUCUCCUCUCUGGACAGAAGAGUUUUCACCUACAUCAGUCUGGAUGGAGUGGUCACUGGCCAUGGUGACUUCAAAGCGUCUGCCAGUCCCCUGCUCUACAGCCUUUUGGAAAGCACCAUGAAGGAGGUGAAGAAUCCCAUUGGUUUUGGAGAGUCUGGGAAGUCUCUGUAUGAUAAGGUGUCUGGAGUCAACUUUGAGAAGGCAGUGUUUGAGCCCAUGAAGAUGGAAGACUCUGCAUAUCCCUUCUUGGCCUUCUCUGGAAUCCCCUCUCUCUCCUUCCGCUUCGUCUCUCAGGGGUCUGAGGUCUACCCGUACUACGGCACCUCUCUUGACAACAAGGAUCACCUUGGUUACGCCACCGCCCAUCGUCUUAGUUCCCUAGCCACUGGGGCGGGAUUGGUCGCAGGUCAGCUGGCGUUACGAUUGGUCCACGACCACGUGCUGCGUCUAGAUGUGCAACGCUACAGGACGGUUCUCAGCCAAUCUGUGGUCAAGAUCAACCAGCGCCUCAAACAAGUCACCCGGGAUGGUUCUGCCGAGAGUCUGUCAGCCCGUUGGCUCAUCAUGGCCUUAGGAUCCUACAGUAGAGCUGCUACUGACCUUAACACUGACCUACUCAACACCGACCUCACUGACACACUGGCCUGCCACAACAUCAACGACCGCAUCAUGAGAGUGGAACAUAACCUCCUUUCUCCAUAUGUCUCCCCCAAAGAGGUUCCGUUCCGCCACCUGCUGUUUGGCCGUGGUUCCCACACCCUGGCAGCCCUGUUGGAGGGUGAGGACAGAGAGGUGCUGCGGACCCAGCUGGCCCUGGCCACCUGGACGCUACAGGGCUGUGCCACCGCUUUCUCUGGAGACAUCUGGGACAGCGACAACCAGAUCUAACAGUGUGUGUGCGUCCGUCCGUCCUCGUUCACUGUAAAAUCCAGGAUGAGAUGAAGAUGGAUUGGUCGGUGGUGAUGAUGUAAUAAGAGACCAGGAAGUACUGUCAUUCCUUCUAGUUUGUUACUGGACUUCCUGAAGAAUGUUGAGAUUGAUCGACCUCUAACCCCUCGACACAGAGGAGCAUAUUUAUACUUUAUAUAUCUACCAGUCCACUAUAAAUGUUCUCAGUUUUAAUGAUGAUAAUGAUAAGUUUGUUUAUUUUUAUAACUUUUUUGGAAGCAGUGCCUUCAGACUUAUGGCAGUUUCAUGUUGUUAGUUUAGGUUAAGAGUUUAUUUAUUUUUCAGUGCCAGUGCUCACUAUAAAUGUUUAAAUGUCAUUCAUUUUGUUUUUGAUAAAAAAAGUUAUCGAGAGCUGUGCCUUCCAGACUUGACGGCUAUGUGUUUUUUCAUUUGGUUUUUGAUAAAGUUAUCAGUUCAAUUUAUAAAGUUAUCGGGAGCAAUGUCUUCCAUACUUAUGGCAGUUAUACUGUCUCUUACUACGGCAGCAUCUGCUGAAGCAACAGAGUCCAGUAUACAGACAGUGUGACCAUCCAAGGUCCCAUGACAUUUGGUUUAAAUAUUGCUGUUCAGUUUGCCUUGCAGAAUCUAAUGGGGGAAGAGAAUUGAAACCGACACAAUCGUUUUGACCCGGAUGAAAAACUGUCCAGCUACAGAUGGUCAGACUUCUGCUGUAUACAUGACUCUGUUAACAGAAAUACAUCACCUACUGCUCCCACACAUUACUAUGGAAACAGAAACCCCAGCAACUGGGUAUCACCACAGAAACAUGGUACCUGACGGCAGCGGAUGUCAUGACUUCGUCACAUUUUGAUUUGAUGAAAUGCAUGCACUUAAAUUCGGAGUCCAUGGUGAAUUUACAAAUUCUUAGGAUGUUUUAGACAUGUCGGGGAGGUAGCUACUUGGCUCACGUCUGUAAUUACAAACUAUUUUAUAUAUAGACUUAAAUGGCUCUGGUCAGAAGAAGUUAACUAUAUAGGUAAUAUGGUGUAAUUUCUGAUUCAGCAUGGGCUCAACAACAAAAAAACAUGCUAAAUCUCACAACUCUGAUCUGAACUUAUAAAACUAAUAUUAUUCAGGCAGCGAAAGAGUUAUUUCUGUUAACCAGUGUUAUUUUGGAGCAGUUUAUAUUUCUGAUUAGAACCAUUAUCGGGAGCAGUGUCUUCCGUAAUGAUAAGUGUUGGUGGUAGUUUUUGCCUACCAGUGUGUGUGUUUGUGUGGUUAUCGGGGGCAGUGAGUCCCAUAUUUCUCUAAAAGGGUGAAGUCAUUUAUCGGGAACAGUGUUUCCCAGAGUUUUAUAUCUGUGUGUAUCGGGGGCAGUGACUCAUAUUUCACUGAAGGGUGAAGUCAUUUAUCGGGAACAGUGUUUCCCAGAGUUUUAUAUCUGUGUGUAUCGGGGGCAGUGACUCAUAUUUCACUGAAGGGUGAAGUCAUUUAUCGGGAACAGUGUUUCCCAGAGUUUUAUAUCUGUGUAUCGGGGGCAGUGACUCAUAUUUCACUGAAGGGUGAAGUCAUUUAUCAGGAACAGUGUUUCCCAGAGUUUUAUAUCUGUGUGUAUCGGGGGCAGUGACUCAUAUUUCACUGAAGGGUGAAGUCAUUUAUCGGGAACAGUGUUUCCCAGAGUUUUAUAUCUGUGUGUAUCGGGGGCAGUGACUCAUAUUUCACUGAAGGGUGAAGUCAUUUAUCAGGAACAGUGUUUCCCAGAGUUUUAUAUCUGUGUGUAUCGGGGGCAGUGACUCAUAUUUCACUGAAGGGUGAAGUCAUUUAUCGGGAACAGUGUUUCCCAGAGUUUUAUAUCUGUGUGUAUCGGGGGCAGUGACUCAUAUUUCACUGAAGGGUGAAGUCAUUUAUCAGGAACAGUGUUUCCCAGAGUUUUAUAUCUGUGUAUCGGGGGCAGUGACUCAUAUUUCACUGAAGGGUGAAGUCAUUUAUCAGGAACAGUGUUUCCCAGAGUUUUAUAUCUGUGUGUAUCGGGGGCAGUGACUCAUAUUUCACUGAAGGGUGAAGUCAUUUAUCGGGAACAGUGUUUCCCAGAGUUUUAUAUCUGUGUGUAUCGGGGGCAGUGACUCAUAUUUCACUGAAGGGUGAAGUCAUUUAUCAGGAACAGUGUUUCUCAAGAGUUAUUUUUCUCUGUUAGUGUUGGGUUAGUAUAUCUGUGUGUGUGUGUGACCUACUACUCUUCUAUUGUUCCUUUCUGAAUUAGUUGUAAUGGAUACGUCCUAUGGCAUGUUACUGUGUUUCCCUAUACAAAUGCAAUCCCUACAACAAAUGUUCCCAUUCAGGUCAAUAGGAUUAUCUCCCUAAGUAUUUUCCCAUGCAUAUAUUAUCAGACACUGAAACUCCUGUUGUAGCCGUCCGCUAAAUAGUGAUUGUUCUCUUUUGAUUAUUGAUUACACUCCGUCAAUCAGCUAACUAGUGGAACUGUUCUAAAUAUUUCUGUUACAGACUUGUCAGUGCUAGUCUGACCUCAUACAUGUUCACCUGACUUUUCUACCACUCACUUGGUGUGUUACCACGCUGUAGAGGACCAUGUAUGGGUGUUUAGCCGUUUCUGUACCGUUGAUGAUGAGUUCUGUUUUUCUGCUGUGCUUCAAUAAACCCUUUGGCUUAACGCA